AUGUCUCGCGUGCAUCUCGUGCGUACUGCGUACUGCGUUCUGUCCAUGCGUACGCACGUACGGAUUACUAUACACAUACGUACUGUACGGACGAUGCUCGUACGUGCGUGCAUGCGUGCAGGACUCGUACGUGCGUAUGUAUGUACAUAGAGUACCGUGACGAGCGGGAUAUGUAGCUACCUGUCGCAAAUCGCAAAGCGCAAAUCGCAAAACGCGCGAGAUGCGCCUGUGCCCACGUCGCGCCCAACCAGCCCAGCCUGGGGAAAAAGAGACAAGAGACAAGCAGAAGAAAGAAUGACAGAAAACGACGAGCAAGGAUCGCGCCCAAACGCGCCACGCGCGUUGCGCGCCCGCCCAAGCCCUUCCAUCGCUCUCUUUUUUCGCGCUGUUGCUCCCUGCCUGCUGCUGUCUGCCUUGCUUGCUUGCUUGCUUGCUUGCUUGGCGCAGGACUGGGGUGGGCUGGCUGGGUUAUGAGUACGAUUACUCUAGGAGUACACCUGGGUGGACAGUACUCCGUAGGUAGUGACUGGGUAGUGGCGACUGGGUGGUGACUGGGCGAUGGUGGAGGUGGCCAACGGCCGCAGCGAUCCUUCGCUCCCCUCCCCUCCGC